AUGAGCCUCGAGAGAAAGGUCGAAGCGAUCGCGGCCAAGGUCGAGGCCAAGAUGGACCGGCUGGGCUCGCGCAUGGAAGCAUCCAGCCAUGACCUUGAAGGCAAGCUGCGCAUGGGCGUCUCGAGCGUCUUCAAGUGGGUCAAGGAAGCCUUCGGGUCCGAGGACGACCGCAUCUACCAAGCCGUGCGCGACAACAACGUGCCGGGCCUUAUCGCGCUGCUCGAGUCGCUCGCGCCGGACGCCAAGGGUCGCAUGCUCGAGUACCACGGUGCGAACGGCCGCACGCCGCUCAUGAUGGCCUGCGCCAAGAACCACGUGCAGUGCGCACAGAUUCUGCUGACGCACGGUACGUUCAUUGACGCCAAGGACGACAAGGGCAACGCAGCGUUGCACUACGCCUGUCUCCAAGGCUCCACCGACGUCUUGCAGUACCUUCUGAGUCUUCCUGGUGUCUCGCCGUACCUUCAGAACCAGCGCGGUCUCUCGCCCAUGGAUGUCGCCCGCAAGAACAUUGAGAACAAGGACUUUGUCGCAGCUUCCGCCCAGUGCAUCCAACUCCUCGAGCAGCGCGCCUUGGUCUUCCAGGGCUGGGUCUACGAGAGCGUCGACAACCUCGCCUCCUCGAUCGUCGGCAUGCGCUCGCUGCAGUCGUGGACGCGUCGGUACGCGCUCGUCCUGCGCGUCGGGUCGCCCCAGUACCUCGAGAUUGCACUUUUCGACAUUGAAAAUGGCCAGCGCUCGCCGCUUCCGAGGUAUAUUGUGUGCAAUAUUGUCGAUUGUUCGAAGUGUAUGUACACCUGUCUCUAGCUCGACGAUUAUGUUUCAAGUC